AUGGAGUGUGAAUAUUUCAAGCAAGGCAGAUGUAAAUUCGGGCUGGCGUGCAGGAAUAAGCACGUGCUCCCAGAAAAUGAAAAAAACACAAAAAUACCUGAAAAUGCCGUAUAUGGACAUGGAUAUGCCCGAAUAGGAAAUACUUCUUAUGGUAAUAGUAGAUAUAACCAAAUGGGAAAUAAUUAUGCAUACGGAAAUGGAAAUAUGCCGUAUAUGGGAAGUACUCCAGCACAGCACAGUACGGGCACUCCUUAUAUGGGAAGUGGUCAGUUUAGCAAUAGCAGUACUCCUUAUAUGGGAAGUGGUCAGUUUGGGGGUAUGCAGGGAUAUAUGGGAAAUACCCAAUUAGGAAAUACAAAUACUCCUUAUAUGGGAAAUGCCCAAUUAGGAAAUAACGGAAAUAAUUAUCCACAGACUCCUCAAUUUGGGAACAUGUACACGCCACUUAGUGGACAGUUUGGGAAUAAUCCGGGGAUGGUGCCUAGUGGACAGUUUGGGGGUGUAAAUACGCUGCAAGGUGGUCAAUUUGAGAAUAUAAAUAACGGAAAUAUAACGGAAAUGUCCCAAUUUGGAAAUACACAGAAUAUGCCGGGAAUUACCCAAUUUGGAAAUAUAAAUAACGGAAAUAUCAGAGAAGUGCCACAAUUUAUGAACAAUUCAUCUGCACAGCCAUCUAAUAAUCAAUUUAUACAGGAUCAAUUACAUGCACAGACACAAAGCAAUGGCCACCACAGGGAUAAUGAUGAUCCAUACAGGCUUGGCUAUAUUCCUACAACACCUCCUAUUUAGAUAUACAAUAAUUAUUACACACUGAUGAAUAAGUAUUGUCACUAAAAUACAGUAAAUCCAGAUAUAAACAGUGACUAACUAUUUCAUGAAUUUUUAUACAGUGUAGUAAUAUAUAUGCACUGUCUUCCGUAUAUAUUCCUUAAUUAAAUCAAAUACUACUUGUU